AUGAAAUCAUUUUUUGUAUUUCAAAUAUUUCUAUAAGUGCUCAGUGAAGCAUAAAAAAAUUAACGAGAAAUUGAACAGAUUAGUAUUUAUCCCACUUAAGGGGAGAUUAUGUAGGUGCCAAUAGAAGGAUUUUUGGAAGGUACUUUUUUUUCUUUUGAAUAUCGACCAAAAUAGCCUUUUCUAAAAUUAAUUGAUGUUUAUAAAAAGACUUCAUUUGCAAAAGGAGAUUGUAUUAUUUAUUAAAAUUAUAUUUAGCUUACCGUUCAAUAUCCUCAAAUGGAACACACUUUGCUUUGAUUACCAAUGAUCAAAAUAUAAUUGUCUAUAGAUGGGAAAAUUAAUAAAUUGAAUAAGUUGAACCAAUAUAUGCUAUAUCAGAAUAAUGCUUUAAUACUUUGUUUUCAUAUUAAAUCAAUACUAUAAUAGUUGAUUGUUACUAUUUAAACAAUUUAGAAAUAAAAGAAUUAUAAUAUGGCAAUUAAAAGACACUUUAUCAAACAUAAUCUUAACUUCCGAUCAAAACAAAAAUUAAAUAAAUUAUAAAUGGAUCUAAUUAUUUCACAGUUUAUGCUUAAUUUUUUGAAAAUUAUUCAGUUCUUACAUUAUUUUCAUUAAGGUUUGUAAAUAUAACAUCUUGGAUCAGUGACUUUAUUGAUUUUGAUGUUUCAUAAAAAGGUUUUAAUGUUAUUUAUGUGCUUUCAUUAAAUCUCAUCUAAUAAAUAAAAAUUUCUGAUUAAUAUACUUUUGAAAUUAAUGCUAAUUCUUAAAAUUUUAACUUUAUGGAUGGAAAGGUAUAAUUUUUUUCUGUCUAUUAUAAUGACAUCAUAAAUUCUUAAUGUGAUUAAAUUAUACUUGUAUUUUAUUCAAAACGUGACAUCUUUAUUCACAAAAAUUAUGGAUGCUUAGAUUCAAUUUUAGAUCCAAAUGAAUCCGGAUUCGCUAAAAUACCGAUAUAAUAAGGAUAGCCACUUUAAAUUACAUUCAAUGAUUAAUUUUACUUAAUUCAAAUGGCAAAUACGUUAUUGAUAUCUCCUACCUUUUGGAAAGACCGUUAUUUCAUGGAAAAAAUUAAAAAUUCUAGUUUAUUACAUUUUAAUACCAAAACAAAUGAAUUAUUUAUAUUCGAUAGGAUAAUUGAAACAUUUCAAUUAAAUUUUCCUUAUUUAGAAAUAAAUUUAAUUUAGUAUUAGCCUUAAUUAAACACAUUUUUAAUUGAAAUAUAUGCUAAUGUUAAUAUUUUACCCAUAAUACCAAAGAUUAAUAUAAAAAUUUAAAUUUUAAACUAAGAUGAUGCUAAUGUUUAUGUAAUAACUUAUAAAAACUUUGUAUAAAACUUGCUAUUAUUGGGAAAUUCAUUAUAAACCAAGUUAUCUGGGUUUUCAGGAUAAUUACUUUAAUACUAAUCUAAUUAGAAUGAUUUAUAAUUUGGCCAAUUUAUAAAUGUAAAUCUUUUAAAAGUGUAUGAUUUCUAUCCUUUAUAAUUUGAAUUUGCAUAAUUACUGAAUACCAUCUACUAUUUUUAAUCCAUCUCCUUAGAAAAUUUUGGAAACUAUUUAGUUGGUAUUAAGGACUAGAUUUUAAUAUUUUAUUAUUGUUAGUAAUAUUCAUAUGAUUUGUAGCAAAAAAAAAAAUAUAAUUGCACAAUUAUUGAUUAGACUCCAAUUUUUGCUAAUGUUUCAUAAUUAUAAAUUGGUUAUAAUUAUUUCUCAUAUGUAGUGGCAGGAAUAUAAUAUCAGUAAGAUAUCUAAAUAUUCUAAUUAAAUUUUGAAAAAUCAAUAUCCAAUUAAACAAUAAAUCUUGAAUAACAAUUUACUCAGUAUCUUAUAAAUUUUGAUAAUAUUAUUGGUUUGAUAGAGUAUAAAGAAAUAUAAAUCAUUUCAUAUACUAUGAAUAAUAAAAUUGUAUUAAAUGAAAGCCUUUUUCAUGAAAUAUUUUAAUUAACAAAUAUCUCUUUUUAACCAAUUUAAAUAGCAUCAAAUGUGCAAUAUUAAUCUGCAAUCUUAUUCAUCAAUAAUGUAAACAAUGUUGUUAUCGUUGCAAUAAAUGGAAAUAAUGAUAUUAUUCCUAAAACAAUAAUUAGAUGUUAAUUUUAAAUAUCAUCUCUAAAUAUAGUUAAUCAAAAAAUAAUACUUUCUUAUUAAUGCAACAAUCAAACUUCGUAUUGUUUUUAGGUUUGGAAUUUCAAUAACAUUCUUAGUCCUUUUUUUGAAAAAGAAUUAUUAAGCAUUGAAUACAAAUAUCAAUUCAAUUUUAUGUCCGAUAAUUUAUUUUUUUAUGUCACUCUUGAAAACAAGACUAUUUUUAUUUAUAAUCCUUAUUCAUCAAGGCACAUGUCUUUAUUUAAAAAAUUAGAGUUGGAUUCUAUUAUUUUGAGCACAACAACUAUUAGUUAAAGUUCUAUAUUAUUUUAUAAUAAUACUAUUUUAUUGUUAUCAUCUAUAGAGUAAGAGUUAUUUAAAGUAAAUGAAUCACUUAUUUAUCAAAAUUACUACCCAUUGAUGAUUUAUAGAUUUUAAGUAACUUCCUUAUUAAAUCCUUCUUCUAUCUAAUAUACACCUUUAUAAAGUCUUACUUACUUAUCAAAUUUUACAAUACUAUAAAAUGUUACUUAAUAAGAAGUAAGCUUAGAUCCUGUAGAUAUCAAUUUUUAACAGCAUUCAUUUAUAAAACUGUUAAAUAUCUAAAGGUAAAUAAUAGGAUGUUAUUUGUUUGACCAAAACAGCAAGUGUUUUUUAAAUAAUAUUAAUUCAUCUUUCCUUCUAACUUAAAACAAUUUUUCCUUUACAUUAAUCACACCUAUUAACAAUAAUUAUUUCGUAUUAUAGAGUAAUUUGCAAAUUAAAAUAUUAAAUAGUUUAUUAGAAUAUAAUUGUUCUAAAACUUAUGAUUAUUCUAGUUAUAAUUUUUCAGAGUGCCUAAUAUCAACUUCAAAGGGAAAUCAAUUAUUUUCUAUAUGUUAAAAUUCCACUGGAUAAUAUUAUAUAAUAUUUUAAAUUGAUUCUCUUGGAUAUGCAACUAUUUAUAAAAUAAACUUACUUGCAUAACAGUUUAACAAAUUAAUAAAGAUAUAAUUUAUUGAUAAUUAUUGCUUCAUUUUAGGUGAUGACUAAUUGUAUUUAUUGAAUAUCCAAAAUGAAGAGUUUUUUCAGAGUUCCUAUUAAUGCGAAGAUUUUUCUGCUUUCCCUUUAUAUUAGAUAAAUUUUAUUGAUAAUUCAUAAUAUGAUAUUAUUGUGCUUAUUUUCAUUUCACAUUACGAACUGUAUUAUUCAAUAAUGGUUUUGGGUGAAAAUUAGUAUUUUUAAAAUAAAGUAGAUCUAAAUUAUAUUGAAGAAAUUUUUAAUGAUAAUUUUUAAUUUUUAUUCUCAUAUAUUACUAUCUUAGAUAUACAAAGAUCUAAAAUUUUACUUAUAACCGGUUUUAUUAAUCAAACAAGUUGGAUAUUAAGUUUAGAAAUCAACCUAGAAAAAUAAAUUUUAAGUUUUCAUAAUAUAAUUGGCACAAUCCCACCAUAUGGUAAUUAUGAAAUUCUUAAAAAUAUUCAAUAUUAACAUGGCUUUUUGGCUAUGUAAUUAAUUUAUGGAAAUUCUCAAUUCAUGAUAUUAAUUUAUAAUCUAUCUGAUUUAACUAAUUAAGAAAUGAAUCAACCUUUGUUAAUUUAUUAAAAUUAAUAUAAUUUAUCUAUUGCAAGUUUUGGGAUGAACAUUAAUAAAGAAUUUAAGAAUGGAACAAUUAUUACUUUUAAAAAUAAUUCUAUUUAUUAUUAGUUUAUAAAUACAUAUAGCAUUACAUGUAGAUUUAGAAAUAAGUAAACAUAAAUUAAUGUAAAAAUGAUUUGCUAUAACGAUUUUUCAAGAGGAGAAUUUAAAUUUUAAUAUUAAUUACCUAAUUUGUAAAAAAAAAAGUAACACUGGUAUUAUAUUCUGCUUUCUAUUAUUAUCAUUCUUUUAAUAAGUUUUUAUUUUUUGGUAAAAUAGAAAACUAAAAGGAUGCAAUAACGUAUUAGUGAAAUAGAAUUAUGA